AUGCCUUUAAUUAAUGUUGAUAAUGAGAAAAUCGAAGGUAAUGGUGCCUUUGAUAGCGGUUUGAGCAUUGGUUCAAGCACAGCCUCAAAUUCGACCUCUAGGAGACUUCAACGAGCAAUUGAGAAGGUGAAUUAUCCUAAAUUGGCGCCCGAUAUCGAUCUUACCGUGUAUGUGGACAGUGAAGGGCAUGCAUACAGUACCAAGGAGCGUGCUGUGGCGUCAGUAGAGCCUCCUGAGGUUACGAUUCCGAAAGAUGAGCGAUUGUUCAACCAAAAUGAUGAGAGACCUGAUUACAAAUUUUUGCAGGAGCAUUUCAGGAAGCAAGGACGACUAUCUGAGUCCCAGAUUCUUCGAAUAAUUAAGACAGCGACUGAAAUGUUUCAUGAUGAGCCGAAUCUCCUUGAAGUUGGCUGUCCAGCCGUUGUAAUUGGAGAUAUACAUGGUCAGUACUAUGAUAUGUUGAAAUUACUCAGCCUGUGUCCGGAACCAGGUAAAGAUGGCACUCAAUUCUUAUUUCUAGGCGAUUAUGUUGAUCGUGGUGACUGUUCUAUCGAAGUUUUGGUUCUUUUGUAUGCCAUGAAGAUCAAUUUUCCGAAGAAUAUCUGGAUGCUCAGAGGAAACCAUGAGUCUAUUCGAAUGACUGAGUACUUCACCUUCAAAAAGGAGUGUCUAGUGAAGUAUUCCAUCAAGGUUUAUCAAGGAGCAGUGAAAUCCUUUAAGGAAUUGCCUAUUUCGGCAGUUUUGAACGAUCAAUUUCUUUGUGUCCACGCUGGAAUCUCUAAAAAGUUGCGCACUUUGAAGGAUAUCGACAAAAUUGAUCGUUUCCAGUACGAUUUUCCAUCUUCUGGAAUGUUCUGUGAUCUCGAAUGGUCUGACCCAAGUCCUGAGUAUGACAGUGAAGAAGGACUUAAAGAUGUAGCUUUUAGACCCAACAGAGAACGUAACUGCUCUUACUAUUACUCGUAUAAUGCUAUGAAUAGCUUUCUUCAAAAGAACAAUCUUCUCAGCGUUAUACGUGGGCAUCAGGCUCAAGAUACGGGCUACAGAAUGUAUAGAAAGAGUGAAAUCACCGGAUUUCCUACGCUUAUCACGAUAUUCUCGGCUCCAAACUACUGCCAUACGUAUAGAAACAAGGCGGCAGCAUUACUUUACAACGGUCAGACCUUCAACAUUAAACAGUUUGUUUCUGCACCAAGUCCGUACUUUCUACCUGAUUUUAUGAAUGUUUUUGAGUGGUCUGCACCGUUUGUAUGUGAGAAAGUUGUUGAAAUUAUGAUGAGUAUGUUGAAUGUAUGUACUGAGAGGGAGUUAGGUGACGGUGAGGUAUAUGAGGAGUCGGGGGGUGAAGCUUCGGGGGGUGAAGCUUCAGGAGAUGAGGAGUCAGGAGAUGAGGAGUCAGGAGAUGAGGAGGCAGGGAUUUCGGGGGAUGAGGAGUCUGAGAUUUCGGGGGCUGAAGCUUCCUCAACUCCCUCAGUUCCCUUCUCUAAAGCCCUUAGACCUGUCACUCGUCAUAAACUGAGACGACCGGAUAGAUUCCUAAGAAAGCAUAUAGUGGCCAGAAGAGAUGGUAUAGCAAGUAAACUCCGAGCCAUUGGAAGAACUGCCAGAAUGCUUAAUGUUCUUAGAGAAGAAUCAGAGAAAAUGACAUUAUUAAGAGAUGCCAGAAACGGAAUAUUACCCAGAGGAGUUUUAAUUGAUGGUAGAGAAGAUCUUCAUGACCAUCUUAAGUCAUUUUCUGAUGCCAGAGAAGUUGAUCUAAGAAACGAAGGACUUCCUCCAUCCGAAGAAGAAGUUCAGAAGGUGGAUGAAGAGAAGACCAAGAAGUACAAGAAGUAUAUUGAAGAAGGAACCAGCGAUGUUGAAGGAGACGAUGUGAUAUUGUAG